UGCUUACUUAUUGUGAAAAAAUUUUAAAAGUAUCGUAAAUAGUCGGCGUAAAUUUGCAAAUUAACUUAAUUAUAGUGAAUAUUUCUGCUAUUUAGUGCGAUAAGCUUGUAAACAACACAAAGUACUAUACAUAGAUCGAUGAGAACGUUAGAGGAAGUCGUGAAUUUAGGCGUAAAACAUGAGUCAUAAAAGUGGCAUAUUGAAAGUCAAAUCAAAAUACGACACUUCCAAAACAGUUGAAUUUUUGGUAUUUGGCUAUCAUUGUAAACUAUAUAGAGAUGACAAAAAGGCAUUAGAGCUUGAUAGAGAGAGUCAUUUAAUACCAGCACCAUACGAACAAAAAGAUUCCAUUUCUAGAUGCAUUGAAUGAUGAGUAGCGAUGAUGAUAAAAAAAUGGUUGGUAUAGAUGGUAAUUAUUGCGAUGUUCCAUUUUAUAUAUAUAUUUUCUAUUACAUAUGUUAAUUGAUUUUAUGAUAAUAUAGAAGAGGCAGUGCUAUAGAGGAAGAUUUGGAUUAAAAACAUCGAAUCCAUCUUUUCCACUAAUUUAGGCCAGCCAAUUAUUCUGAAUGAUAACUCAAAUUCAGAUAUAUUAUCCUUUCCACCAAAUAAUUAAUGCAGUUUUCUUGUUCUCUCGAUUUCUUUCAAUUUACAUGACUAGAUAUGACGUGCGAGCAACAUUAUCCGAAAUAACACCAUAUGAAUCAUCAUCAAAUAGUUAUAUCAAUCGAUUAGAUGGCUUAUCUCCUGCAGAACAACAAGCAGAACUUUUGGCUGAAGAGGAACGAUACUAUAGUCUCUACAAAAAUGAGGUUGAAGAGGAAAUGUACAAGGAGGAACUGGAAAAACGACAGGCAACAGCAGGAUAUAAUCAAGUUGAAUUCAGUUAUGAUGAAGUUAAGGAAAUUGGACCAAAAGAGUCGUCAGACGUGACACAAGAAGAGAAUGAGGAAAGUGACGAUACACCGUUUAUGCCAGGCGAGAAUCUGAAUUUACCGAGUGACAUGGAAUAUCCAAAUACAGUAAAAUUAAAUCAAAUCAUCGAAAAGACUGCUAAAUUUAUAUCAUCGCAAGGUCCACAAAUGGAAAUUCUUUUAAAGACAAAACAGUCAUCAAAUCCACAAUUUGAAUUUCUCAAUCAUAAUGGACAGUAUAAUGCAUACUACAAGCACAUAUUAUCGAUGAUUAAAAGUAAUACAUAUCCAUGGCAGCAUAGUAAAAUAAAUAAUGAGAACAGCAUGGAUGAUAAUUCAAAUACAAAUGACUCGAAAUUCGAUACCGAAGAGGUGGCAACAACAUCGACAAUAAUUAUACCAAAAAUGCAGUUCAAACCAUCUGCAGAUUGUGCUUAUACACAACUCAUUAGUAAAAUAACAAAAGCACCAAUCUCAGAAUUGGAAAGGAAGCAAGUAGAAGAAGAGAAAAGGCAACAAAUUGUCACAAAUUCAGAACCAUCAAAAAUAAUUGGUGGAUCACUAAGUCUUGUAGCUAGUUACAAUUCAGACAGUGAAACAGAUAAUGAAGAAGACGAGAAUGAAGCAGAAGAAUAUAAAGGUCCAAUUCCGCCAUCAGAAAUUCAAAUUGUAAUCGAUAAGACUGCAACAUAUGUCGCAAAAAAUGGACCUGAAUUUGAACAAAAAUUGAUUUUUAAACAAGAUCCAAGAUUUCAGUUUCUGCAUGAGAAUAAUGAAUAUAAUUUGUAUUAUAAGAUGAAAGUAAAGAGUUUUCAACCAUCUAAUAGCAUUAACGCAGUGCCUCAAGCAGCAUCAAGCACAAAAGUCAUUGAAGCACCGAAAAAAGAGGAAAUUGUUCUUCCAAAACCCCCUCCAGCGCCUGUUUCAUUUUCGAUAAAAACAAAGGAUGAACGACCGCCAUUAAAGUCAACGAGUAUGCAAAAUAGCGACGAUGAAAGUAAAGAGAAUUGUCAUAAUGUUCCUCAAGCGCCAAGUCCGCCUCAAAUAACGACGAGCAUCGAAGAAGAACUCGAACGACAAGUUGAUAUUAUAGCCACAGAACGUGAGGAGAAGCUUGCAAAAGAGAGACUAAAUGAUAAAUUAUUAAAUGCAGCACGAGAAAAAUUGGGAAUGCUGCCGAAGGAAAAAAUGUUGCAAAUUGAACGGAAAAAGAAAGCAAUGAUGUUCAUCAAUCAAAUUAAAGGCUCUAAUGGCAGUUCAAAUGGUAGUGGAAAUAAGAGGGAGGAUGAUGUCAUAAAUCUCACGCAUUGUGGCGAGGAUUCAAAUGAUUCUGCUUCUGUUAAGUCGGAGAAAUCAAGAUCUAGGAAAAAUUCAUCAUCGCGAAGUUCCAGAUCUACAUCUCGCUCAUCAAGAAGCAGCGAUUCAUCGCCAAAAAGGAAACGUUCUAAGAAAAAGUCUCAUAGGAAAAGGAAGUAUCGAAGAAGUAGAAGUCGAAGCAGAUCACCUGGACGAUAUAAGCACUCAAAGAGAUGGUAGAUUUGUUUUGGUCCGAGAAUCUUAUUAAUGAUUAAGUAUGAAAAAUAAAGUUUUUUU